ACGUGGUGAAGGAGGAGGAUGUGGUGGAGAAAGAGGACAUGGUGAAAGAGGAGGACGUGGUGGAAGAGGAGGAGGAGGUGGUGAAGGAGGUGGAGGUGGAGAACGACGGCGACAAGGAAGGGGAAGAGCAAGGGCACGAAGACAGUCAGUCUCGGAUGAAAUUCGAGCCACUUUAGUUGACCAUGUCCUUGUCCAUGGGAUGACUAUGAGGGAGGCUGGGCAACGAGUACAACCAAAUUUGAGUCGCUUCACUGUUGCCUCCAUCAUCAGAACCUUCAGGGAGGAAAACAGGACACAGAGACGACCACCUGGUGGAGGCAGGUUAAAGCUUUUGUCGGAGGAGCAAGAGAGGGAACUUGUAAACAUGGUAAUUGCAAAUAAUGUAAUCCGCCUGCAAGAGAUUCAAAGGAGAGUGAUUGAGGAUGAUCAUCUUUUUCGAGGCAUAAAUGCCAUCAGCCUCUCCACAAUUGACCGCAUCCUCCGAAAGAAUCAAUUCCGGAUGAAACAGGCAUACCGAGUCCCUUUCGAACGAAACUCUGACAGAGUGAAAAACCAACGUGUGGAAUAUGUUCAGAGAAUCUUUGAGAUUGAAGGACGGCCUGUUCCCCAUGAAAUGAUCUUUGUGGAUGAGGCAGGUUUUAACCUGACCAAAAGAAGGAAAAGGGGGAGGAACAUAAUUGGCCAUCGGGCUAUUGUAAAUGUCCCUGGUCAGCGUGGGGGGAAUGUCACUAUGUGCGCAGCCAUCAGCCAACGAGGGGUACUCCACCGCCAUGCCGUACUAGGACCCUAUAACACUAUGCUUCUCCUUGCUUUUCUUGAUGGUUUAAGACAACAUAUGUUCCAGCUGGACUACAGGGAACCAGCACAGCCAGAGCAGCCUCACUACGUUGUUGUGUGGGAUAACGUCAGCUUCCAUCGCGCUGCUCUGGUUCGUGACUGGUUUACCAAUAACCCAAGGUUUUCUAAUAUCUUUCUGCCUGCAUACUCCCCCUUUCUAAACCCGAUAGAGGAGUUAUUUUCGGCAUGGCGGUGGAAAGUGUAUGACCGAGAACCUUAUGUCCGUGUUCACCUCCUUCAGGCCAUGGAAGAGGCCUGCCUAGACAUAUCAGUAGAUGCAUGCCAGGGGUGGAUCAGGCAUGCAAGAGGAUUUUACCCCCGCUGCCUGGCUGGGGCCAAUAUAGCCUGUGAUGUGGAUGAGAUUCUCUGGCCUGACCCAGACCAAAGACAAGAUGCUGUGGUGGGAUAAUGUUUCUGGUGUGUGUUGUACUGUAUAGUACAUGAAUGACAAUGUGCCACUGUACAUACAUUGGUUGCGUCUUUUGUGUUUAUCAUGUGACAAGGGUUUUGAAGGGGAGAACCAUAAGCAACCUAAUUGUUUUGGAACUAUUGUUUUGAAUUAAUUGUACCAGUGUGCAAAACUCUGUUGUAGUGUGUGUGUUUUUGAGGGCUUGUGUUUGAUGUCUGAGGGCAAAGUUCGGUUUUUCAGCAGGAGUGAAUAGUUUUGGGUGUAGAGCUUCAUUUUGACCUGGAAAUAGGAUGUUUGGGGAAUUGAGUGAGAUGUUAUGGAUUUGUGUUUACUGUUGUGCGGAUAUGAGGCGUAGUUUCAAGAAAUGUGUUUUAGCAAUCGAGAAAAACUGUAAU